AUGGGCAACGAAGAACUUUCCGAGUUUGAAAAGCAGCGUCUAGCGAACAUCGCCGAACGCGAUGCGCUCCUUAAAAAGCUCACCAUGGACGCUCAGUCCUCUGGGCUUUUUCCGCCGAAGAUGCCGAAGCCCGCUGCGAAAGAUCAAUCGCGAUCGAAAAAGAAAAAGACACCCGUGAAGAAAAUCAAAGAGGAAGAUCUGCAGCCGCGCCGUACCUCCUCCCGGUUGAGGGGCAUCGCGGCAGAGAGCGAGGUCGCGAAACGCAAGCUGGAGGAAGAGACCGAGGCACAGCAGGCGGCGGAGAGAUUGAAGCGUGUCCGCAAGUCCGAUGACUUUGCCUUCAAUGAGAUGGUGGUAUAUGGACAGAAGUUGUCGGGAGAGAGUCUGAUUGGAGUGGAUGUGGUUACCAAAGGCGUGGCGAUGCCGUAUCAGCGGACGUUUGGAGAUGAUGAUAUCCAAAAGACGGCAGAUAAAGAUCUGAAAGCACUGCGGAAGGAAAUGAGCGAAUUGAAGCUCUGGGAAGCAUGGGAACCUAAUAGAAUCAAAGUCACCCCCGAACGAGUCUACACAAUGACCUUUCACCCAACAGAAACCAAACCCCUUAUAUUCGCCGGCGACAAACUAGGUAAUCUCGGUAUUCUAGACGCCUCGCAAGAGAGACCGAUCCCCAUCAAAUCCGAAACCGACGAAGAUGAAGACGACGAGGACCCGGACCCGAUCCUCACUACCGUCAAACCACAUACUCGCACCAUCAGCUCCAUGUACAUACAUCCCUCCAAACCCACCUCUCUGUAUACAGCCAGCUACGACAGCUCCAUCCGCGAAAUGGAUCUCGAAAAAUCUACCAGCGUCGAGAAAUAUGCCCCAGAAUCCACCUCGGACGACGUCCCAAUCUCCGGAAUCGACAUGGCCCUCGACGACCCCAACGUUCUCUACUGGACAACCCUAUACGGCGAAUUCGGACGUUACGACACGCGCGCUCCUCGCUCGAAACCGAACUCCGUCACAACAUGGCAACUCUCCGAGAAGAAGAUCGGCGGUUUCUCUCUCUACCCCACGCAGUCACAUUAUUUUGCGACGGCCAGUCUAGACCGCUCGAUGCGGUUGUGGGAUCUCCGGAUGCUGGAACGCAAGAAGGCGGACGUUGUACCUGUUGGAGAACAUUACAGUCGGCUCUCCGUUUCGCAUGCGGCUUUUAACAGUGCGGGGCAGAUUGCAACAUCAUCAUAUGAUGAUACGCUCAAAAUCUAUGAUCUGAAAGCCAAGGGGGUUGUAUCGUGGGAUGCUGGCCAUACACUUUCUGAGGAUGAGUUACGUCCGGACACGGUUGUGCGACACAACUGCCAGACGGGUAGAUGGGUUACUAUCCUACGUCCCCAGUGGCAACAGAACCCGCAGUCUUGUAUCCAGCGGUUUUGCAUUGGAAAUAUGAAUCGCUUUGUCGAUGUGUAUAGCGGCUCUGGGGACCAGCUUGCCCAGCUCGGUGGGGAUGGUAUCACAGCUGUGCCGGCUGUUGCUGUGUUCCAUCGCAGCAAGAACUGGGUUGCGGGUGGAACGGCCAGUGGGAAGAUCUGUCUGUGGAUGUGAUGGGAAUACAAAGUUAUAGCUUGAGGCUGAAACUAUGUAGGCGCUUUGUCGAUGAACCUGGAAAUAAUGCCCAGAUACUUG